UAGACCGCCGGAAAAUUUAAUCCAAAGAGAGAGGAGAGAGAUACAGAAGGGCUGGCGGGGGAUUCAGUAAUCGCGUCCGGCAAUUCGUGCCCGUUUUGGAGCGUGUUGUUCUGAAUAGUGAACCGAAUUCGAUCGUUAAGUAGGUGUUCUUUGUGAGGUAUCGACGGAGAAUAUGGCGGCAUCGUCGCCGUCUCUGAGCAGCAACGGCCUUUCCGCCGCCGCUACGCCUCCCCAGACCCUCCGCGGCCUCAACAAGCCCAAGUGUAUCCAGUGCGGCAACGUCGCUCGCUCCAGGUGUCCAUUUCAAUCUUGCAAAGGUUGCUGUUCAAGAGCAGAAAAUCCCUGUCCUAUUCACGUCCUGAAAGCAGCCGCUGGAUCUGCUGAGAAGACACAGGGGCAAAGUACUCCCGCAUCAGAUCAGAAAUCAUCCGAAGGAACUUCCGGGGCUACAACUAGACUUGCAUCAAUCAGGCACCUUUCUAGCAACUUUGCUCAGUUUAAUAACCUCAAUGUCCCUCUCCGCCCGAGAAAGCCAUUGACCAUAAAGGAUGCUUUAGUGUUAAAUGAGUGGAGAUUCUCUAAACUAAAAGAAUACAGAGACAGAAACAUUGAAGUAGAAAAUGAAGCAUUUGAUCGCUACAUGAAGAAUGUAAAUUUACUCGAAGAGGUAUUUUCUUUUGCAUCUGUACCGGAAGAGAACAAUGACUUGGCUACUGAACAAAAAGACGAUGAGAGAAUCAUUUCGGGGAUGAAACUGAGGUUGAGAUCUAAUUCUGCAAGAACAGAGAGCUUUAGAGAGGGGAUCCGAGAGAUUAUCAACCAGGGUUUGGUGAAACUUCAAAACCCUAGGGUAGAUGAACAGCCAGAAAGACAGGCCAAACGGGCAAAAUGGGAAGAGAGAGCUUCGGCUAUGAGUGAGAUUAUCGAUAAAUUGAACAAAGCAAGAACAGAAGAGGAUCUCAAGUCUUGCACAGAGAUGAAAUCGAAGUUAUAUCAUCACCGCCCUGCAUCCUCUGUCGAAGUUUCCGGCUAUGACGCAUCUGAGAAGAGCAAAGAUUUACCGGGUUUUGUCAGAAGAAUUGAAAUUGGCGAAGAAACGCUUAAAAGAAUCGACGAACAAGGCUGUUCUCUCGAGCAGAUCUGAGUCUUGUGAAUGCAGAGAGAUAUGCUAUAGGAAAACAUCCUGUGAAGAAUCAAAUUCGUCAUGGAUUUCUCGGGGCAGGAUAUCCGUCGGAAAACUUGGAGGAGUGCAAGCAAAUCUUGCCCGUUUCAGAUCAAACGGAAAAUGGUAAUGUAAUUCUUGUGUGGGAUGGAGCAUGGGUUUGAUUCCGUAAGAUCAAAGAUUCUUCUAAAAUGAUUCUCAAAGCCGUUUUAGCUCGAAGAGACAGACACUCGUGAUGGCAUCCAUGCAAAAUGGUCGGUCUUGGACGAGGGAAGUAGUAGUAGUGUCUCCCCCUUGGAUUUGCAUGGGUAUUAGUAAAUGUGAUGAUUCUUAUCAAAUUUAACCAAAGUUAUUGUCGUGUGUUUCACUUUGGUGAAAUGAUCUAUCAAAUAUCUUUAUAUA